AUGGCGUUGAUACAGAACUUAGUUGUUUUUGCUCUGAUCUCGAUCACCUUUGCUAGUGCUCAACUAAAAAUGUUUCACGAAGUAAGGUUACUACAUUUAAUUUUAGACGACGAAGACACUGGUGGCGUAGAUAGAGCCGGACACAGUGGAGGUGGAGGUCAUGGUCAUGCGUAUUCCUUUCAUCACUUUUCUGGACCCGUGGUGGGCCAUCACGAAGAGAUCAGUUGGAAAGACAAACACGGCCAUCAUCAUCACGAUUACAAGGCCCAUCCUAAGUAUAAGUUCGCUUAUGGUGUGGAUGAUAAACACACCAAGGACUACCAUGGACAGAAGGAACAUCGCGACGGGAAAGAGGUCGAAGGAGAGUACCAUAUUCACGAACCUGGUGGCAACAUGAGGAGCGUAAAAUAUCAUUCUCACCCCCAUGGAGGUUUCUUCGCGGAAGUUCAUAAUUAUGGAGGAAAUGAUCAUUCUGGUGGUACUUAUGGUGGACAUAAGCAUAGAUAAAUUACACGAUAUCUUUUAUUUAUCUGAAUAUCGUUGUUAUUGAAUUCACAUUGUUACUGUUAUCGUUACACGCACAAUGUAUUUAUUAUUAUUAUAUAAACUACAAUUUUGUUCUUAUUGUUGUCACGUUAAAGAAUAUUAAGCAGAAAAUACAUUAAAAAGCAAAUCAAACGUUAAGUUGACUUAACUAAAUAUCCGAGAACUCAUAAAAAAUUAACAUUCAAUACGGCUGUAAUCAUGUUACGAAGAUUUAUAUGGGAAUAUGUAUAUACGAUUCGUAUAUUUCAAUAAUUUUUAUCAACGUUGCGUGGAAACUACAAUUUCUUGUCAGUUCGAAGUUUCACGAAUGCAAAUCAUAACAAUGCACCUAAUUCUUCCUUUUUUCAUAGAUAAAGCAAUUAAAAUAAAAUAUGCAUUGCUUUCAAAUAUUUCUUCUUUAAAUUAAAGCUCUGAGUAAAUUUUUCAUAAAGCAAACAGAGGAAGUAACUUCUGUAAUUAAAUUAACCAAAUUUACCCAAGUUAUCUCAAACUUUCUUUCAUCCAGACGUCGUUCAAAAAGGAAGAUUCAAAUUCUAGCAAUGAUAAAAUUUCAUGAAACUUAUUCAGGAAUACAAACGCAUUAUUCCGCUUCCAAAAAUACGAGGACGUACAAUCCUCUCGCUUCUGCAGCGAUGUGUAGGAUGUGUAACACCUUCUAGUUCUGGUCCUCUAUAUCGCAUCGCCGACUAUAUUUUCGCGUCGCCGACUCUUGCGAUGAUCAAAUGCCACUUGAAGCUCGUUAAAGUAAUUAGCUGACAGAGUUUGUCACCGUUUCCAUGCUUUACGUAUCGCUUGGAAAAUUAUUUUGUCUACUGAAAAGAACAUAACAUAUUUUUCAUUUCUUAUUUAUAGUAAAACUAGCGAGUAAAUCUUUCUUUUUAAUAUAAUUUUCGAUGUAUUGAUAGAGGUUGAAUCAUUUUAUAAAGAUUAUGUGUAUCCACUCCAUAUCGUAGGAGAUUUCGCAUUUUGCAUUGCAGCUAAUAAUACAAUAUAAAUAUUUUAUUAAACGACUGGCCCAUGAAAACUAUCUGAAUCAGAAAUUCAUCGCAACCAACCUACUCCCUAUGUACUCACGCACAAAUGACGCAUAUUCAUUCCGUAUACGAAUGCGCGCUGCAACGCGCAGCGCAGAUCGAUACAGUCCUUACUAAAGUAAACGGAUGGAUUACGAGUAGACUACGUGAAAUAAGCUUUCCUCGCAAAAGAAAUAUGUCGACAAAGUGGACGGAGUUAGCUUGUUCCACUUAUAUAAUCUCACGCCUCUUGCUAUCCUCUUACGCUUCCAUCUUCUGCAGAAUGGAUACAUUUAUUUAUCUAAUCCUGCGAAAAUCGUGAAUCCAACAAUUCUGUUACAAAAAUGCAUUUGAAUGACUUUAAUGUUGCACAAAAACUUUAUUAAAAUAUAUACAAUCUACGUUAUGGAGCAAAGUAUUCGUAUUUCCCUGCGAGACAGUGAGAGAUGUACAUUCAUUGAAAUAUUGAAACAUCUUUCUAUACAUAUGAUCUCCCGGGUGAAAAGAUGUGUUUCUUGUUUAAUAUAUCUUCUCUCGAGCCACUUCGUUUCAAUUUUUUAAUUCCGAGUCGUUAACGACAAUUGAUUAUUAA